AUGAUAAAAGGGUUUAUGGAGGAACGGUUCCUAAAGACGCGUGCGGAGCGGGAGGAGGCGCGGCAGCAGAAGUCCGCGGGGUCCUCCGGCACGGCGUGGGACCGACUGCAGUUUGAAGAUCAGGCCAGAAGUUACGAGCGGAGUAUCAUGCAACUCAUCACCGACGGGAAUACCUCCGCUGCGCAGGAAACCAUUAAUAUGUUUAAACUCAUUGUUCAGGAUGCUACCAGUAAUAACGUCCUCACGGCGUAUGAAAUGGCCAAGUCUAACGCAACGCUGUCGCGACUUCAGGGACUUAUUGAUGAAAAACGUGACACUUGUAAUAAACCGAAGGGAUUUAAGUUUUCUCGUAAACCAAAAACUGGUGUUACUGCCGUUGUGGAGAAACAACAACCAGCAGCGGCAUCAUCGCCAUUAUCAUCAUCAUUGCAACAGAGUGAAGAGGAUCGAAGUCAAGUAAACAAUGUCUAUGGUUAUGCUCGUGAGAGAGAAGUUUUCAUAAGUGAACCAAAGGCCGUAUUUUUACAAGGAUGUGAAAAAUGUGAAAUAUUUAUCCUCCCUGUUGCCGGAUCAGUUUUUAUUUCUGACUGCUCAAAUUGUAAAAUCUACGUGGCGUGCCAUCAACUCCGACUAAAGAACUGUACAUCUGUAGAUAUAUAUGUUUGGUGUGCCUCAACGCCAAUCAUUGAAUGUUGUACAGAGAUGCGGUUUGGUCCAUAUAGUUGUUGGACAGGACUCUUACAGUCAUCUGUGGGUGGGCACCAUUACUCAACCCAUGAAGAGUGGGUACAACAUGUAGGAGAACAGGAAAUGCAGGAACGUGUAAAGGAUUCAUACAAAACAGUCGAUGACUUUCAAUGGCUUAAAAAAACUCCCAGUCCACACUGGAGUGUGUUGCCACCUGAAAAAUGGGAAAUGAGCGCACGUCCAUUUCUUCAGGGAGAAACUCCUACAAUGUAG